AUGCGGGAACAAAACAUCAAAAAUCUGCAACUCUUCACUUCACUGCCGGAAUUCGUAGAUCAAAAACCUGAAGCGACCGAGGAAAAUACUCAUGCUCAUCACGGACUGCUCAAAGAAGGCGAUAUUCUGCUCGAUGGUGGAAACGAGUGGUAUGAGAAUACCGUCAGGCGGCUGGCACGAUGCGCCGAGCGUGGCAUCCACUACUGCGGAGUCGGAGUUAGCGGUGGCGAACGUGGUGCGCGCCUGUCGCCCUGCAUGAUGUUCGGAGGGGCGCCCGAAGACUACGAGGCAGUGCGGCCAUACCUCGAACAGGAGGAGGGGCGCUCCUUCUAUGUUGGACCCGGUGCCAGUGGCCACUACGUUAAAAUGGUCCACAACGGGAUCGAGUACGCAGUGAUGCAGUUGCUAUCGGAAGUGUACAUGAUCAUGAGGUACGUAUUCGAGCUGGAGCUGGACACCAUCAACAAAAUCCUCGCCGAGUGGGACGAGGGUGAAGUCGGGUCGUUUCUGCUAGGCAUCACCGCAAACAUACUGCAAGUGAAAACGAGCGACGGAGUCACGUAUCUGGUGGAUAAAAUAGUAGAUUCCAGCGGCGCUAAUGGCACCGGCAAGUGGACUGUCAAGGAAGCUCUGGAUCUGGGGGUACCAGUGCCAACCAUCACCGCAGCCGUAGAAAUGAGGCACGCAAGCAACUCUUUCAGAAGCACCGUGGUCAUGUCGAACAAAAAAGUCAAGGAGGGUCACAGCAUCUCGGAAGGUGACCUCCGGAGAACGCUGCACGGGUGCAUGAUCGUCUGCUUCGCACAGGGCAUUUCACUGCUCAUGAAGGCGUCAGAACAGUUCGGAUGGGGGUUGAGCGUAGCCAACAUCUGCAAAAUAUGGAGCAGUGAGUUGACUGCUUCUAUGACACCAAUACGUGCAGAGGACGCCAUCAUCAGCUGCAAGCUGCUCACAACCAUAAGCAAAAUCUUUGCGGAGAACGAAAUCCUCGCCAACCUGCUGGAACACCCGGAAAUCCGCGCAACAAUCGGCGAGUCGCAUGAGUCGUGGAGGAAGGUCUGCAAGGCCUGCCUCAACUACAACCUCAGCGCGCCGGCCAUCAUCGCAAGCCUCCAGUACAUCCAAACCAUGUCGUCCAUGAACCUUGGGCACAACCUCAUACAGGCGCAACGUGACUACUUCGGGGCCCACUGCUUCACUCGCAACGACGGACCUGGAAAACACCACUAUAACUGGGAUCAGAGCCAGGAAGCUGCCGCGUUGUCACGCAUAUUUACGCGUGACAUUUUUGACACGGAAAUAACUCGCAUCUGUGACGUGCUUUUCGGCAGCAUAGGAGGGGGAUUUGUCGCAGACGCCACCAACGUCGUUCUCGUCAACGAAACGGAAUCUCUCGUGCUUCUGCAGACGAAAAGGAGUUUUCUCCCUAAAGUCAUUUGUGUGCUGCGCUGUCUAGAGCGCGUACAAAAGGUUCCCGUGACGGUAGACAUACUACACAUCGGCGGGACUCUUCAUCAGUGCAAGAAGCUGCUAUUCUCGAAACUGCUCAGAACGCUAUCACAGCUCCAAGCGCUCACACUGGGGCAAUCUGCACCUAAACCAGCGUUCACUCACAAAACGUUGGCGGCAAUAAAAGAGGUCGAGAAGCUACGAAACCCGACGACCUAG